CGCGUCGCCAGUCGCCAGUUUGCCGUGAGCGCUCGUGAUGUGAGGACGUUCUAUGAUCUCGUCUACGAGCGUGGCGCUCUCUCAACUAUCGCAGUAGAAACGGGGGAACGUGUCGCGUACCUUUCGCAGAUCCGCGUCCCCUGCGGAGAGCAGGGCAGAGCGACCCGAGACAACCGUAUGAUACGACAACAGGCCGAACGAUCCACGAAUCUGCGCGAGGGUUGACGAUCUAUCGUCGUCGAAGCCGAAACCCGCGGCGUGCGCGGUCACGCGACCUCUGGCACGAGGAGAACGCGAUCGUUCUUUACUGACUGGAGAACCGAGCGGGAUAAUCGUUCCCGCGACCGAUUCCCGCCGCAAUCGUCGAACACGCCGCGCGCUGCGAUAUUAUGUGAUUUGUGCGUGACAUUCUACAGGAUUUGGCGGCGAGCCACGCUAGAUCGUUCGCGGAACGUUGUCAGUGAUUAGUGACUCUGUGCACCCUUGUGAUGCCCGGACGUUUCGAUCGACCAGCUGAUCGCGAUUCUGGCAGUGUUGUCGCAUCGACUCGAUGGACUAUAUAGAAGGCAGAGCCGGGCCGGCGAGUAUCGCGUGUACGUGAGCGGAAGUUCGAAUCGGUCGUAGACGGGACAGUUUUCGUGCGGGCUCGCCUCGCCUCUUCUCUCUUCCCUUCGCUUGGCAUCGGCUCGCUCGCUCGCUCGAUCUCGCACGCACUCGCACACACGCUCGCUUGUUGCCCUUUUUGUCACCCGCACCCGCGUCUACGUCGACACCUGCGGCGACCGCGGGAAUUUUAUCGCGGCGGUUCGUGGCGCUGCUGCCGUGGUGUUGUUGUGCGCGAGCUUAAAGUUCGCGGCUGUGCGCGGAACAAGGAUAGAGUGCGCGCCGUGUACACGCUCGGGACCGAGAGGGGGACAGACCGCGAGUGCGCGACAGAGACGAGACUAAAACCGAGAACUCCGCGAAAGUUCGCGAGUGAAACGUGCCAUCGAGACGAAUUCGAGACAUCUCCGUCUCGCUCCCGCGCUCUCCCGCUCCAGUUUCUGUUAUCGGCGGCUGUGCACCGGUGGGGCGAGAAGGACAGCAGCGGCCCGCAACGGGCGGAACAGGGAUAGCGCGCGUCGCCCCCUUAUUGUUUUGUGAUCGGUGGUUUCGGUGGCGCGGGUGGCACAAGUCGGCAAAGAAGAUCCCGCUAGCCAGAGCGAGAGACGGUUAACCGAGGGACAAGGACGCGGGAAAAAGAGAGGGAAACACGAUUACCGUUGCACGCGGCGAAGAAAGAAAGACCAGAGUCGGGACUGAAUAUGUCCGCUAAGCGAAAGGCCACUGCCAUCAUGCAGCACCACAAGGAAAAUAUCUCGACUCCCGAACCCGCCGACAUAUCGGAGGAUGAUCAUUAUCCGAGCGCGCUCAUGAAAGACGCGGAUAAGCUGAAGCUGAUGCUGCUCGCGUGGAAUUAUAAUCUUCAACAGCAGGCUCAGGCUCAGGCUCAGGCCCAGGCUCAGGCUCAGGCCCAGGUACAGGCGCAGGCCGCCAACGCGGCCCUCUCGCCAAAUAACUCCUCGACAACCACGGCCACCACCGUUGGCACACCUGUCACCAGUCAAUCGGCUAUAUCCACGGCAAACAACACCAUUAACAACUCCACACUUACAGACUCACGGAACGGCUCUUCGGAGAUGGUAGACAUGCCCGCGGGAACUGUCCCCAAUUUGGCCGCCGUGGCCGGCGAGGACAUGGCAUCCUUGUGGGCGUCCUACGCAAUGGGACUAAAGAAGACACCGCCGCCAGGAUCGUCCGCGACGCCCUCGCGAUCGGAUCGCGAUCGUGAGUCCAGUCCACCGGGGGGCGAAGGGACGGGGAGCGCUCACGACGAGACCAGCAGCAGUGGUAAUAAAGAGGACGAGGACGACGACGACGAAGACGCCGACGAGAGGCUGGACCCCAGACAUCAUGACCCGGAGCGCCUGAAGGCUUUCAACAUGUUCGUCAGGCUGUUCGUUGACGAGAACCUGGACCGCAUCGUGCCCAUCUCGAAACAGCCCAAGGAGAAGAUACAGGCGAUCAUCGACAGCUGCACUAGACAGUUCCCCGAGUUCGCGGAGAGGGCCAGGAAGAGGAUCAGAACGUACCUAAAGAGCUGUCGGAGGAACAAACGGGGCAGGGAGGGUGCGCCCUGGGACGCGGCGAGGCCCACUCCGGCACACUUGACCUCCGUGCAGGCCGAGCAAAUUUUGGCAACGGCCUGCGAAAAUGAGAGCGACAACGCGAAGCGCAUGAGAGUUGGUAUGGAACCUGUGUCACAGCCUAUGCCAACACUUCCGGCGGCAACGCAAACGGAUGUCCGGUCAAGUUUGGAGCAUUUCUCGAGUACGCCGGUGAAAUCACUUCCGAUCAAGAGGGAGGAUACACCGCCGACAUCGUUAACGUCCCUAGCGCCGUUAACCAGCUUGGCGAACUUACCGAGCAGCACCCUCUCUUCUACACCCCUAUCUCUUGCGCCGGCGUCGAAGCUGCUCACACCGGCGGAUAACAAGGGUCUCAUGAGCCAGGCAACGAUAGUCAGCUCCUCGGCCGUUAAUGGUGUUGCCAGCGGCGGUGCACCCACGGCGAUGUACAGACCGAACUUCAGCCAGGCGUUCCAGCGUGCAGGACCAACGACGGUGCCGCCGACCCUCUCCGCGGGACUGUACCCGACGCAGAGCUUCACGUCCGGUCUCCUGAGCAACGGUACACAAAGACCGACGGACCUAAGCAUGAAGAACACGAAGCCGCUGCUGAGUCACAAGCUAAACGCAACAGAAAUGACGGCCGUGAGGCAACUGAUCACCGGAUAUCGAGAAUCCGCGGCGUUCCUGCUGAGGUCCGCCGACGAGCUGGAGCAGCUGUUGCUCCAGCAGCCAUAGAGCUACAUUUAAGUGGCGGCCGGUCAGCAGAAUUAGUUUGUAAGUUCGUCCGGGUGAUGAAGAAAAACAGGAGUCGGGGGUCCGGCAAUCCGACGAUCGAGUCCGGAGACUUAAACGCCAGCAUGAACAAGGCUCGGCCACCCCUUCCGACGUCCUCGCGUUACCGACGGCCGGUAACGAGUUUCUCUUAUCCUGCAUUAGAAAACGCAUUUCCGAGAGCAGGGUCGACCGCGUAAGAAGGGUCGGAGCCCCCCGGUCGGGUCGACCGUCCUCCGAAAACAGACCAGAAAGCAGUGUUCUCCAGACGAUCGUCGAAGGAUCGUUGCGCCCCGAGGCGGCCCCGAGGGAUCUCGAAGCCGCCGGACACUAAAACGGCGCGGCUGGGUUUCUCUUCGAGAACAGAGUUCCACGCGACACAGGCGAUGUAACGCGGAGUUUUAAGACUAGAUUUAAGGGAACUAUUCAAACAGGGUGUACAUAGAGAGGAUUUACAGAUAUUUACUUAACUACCGAUAAGCUUAAGCUUAAACGACGAGACGGCGUGUAAGGUGUGCGUGUACGUAUGUGUGUGCGUAUGUAUGUGUGCGCGAGUGUGCGCGAGAGGCCGAUGACGGGAGGUGUCGGAUUUGAUGAAGAGUGUGUCGCUCUCCGAGGGUGCUGUCUAAGGGCCAGACGAAUUCCCGAUCGCAACGACCGCGUGCAGCUCGGUUAAUCCUUGCCGGUUGAGAACCGGUCGCUGUCGAGCUCGAUGUCGCUGUGUGUAUCCUCGAGACGGGGCAGUUCUCUUUUUUUCUUUCCUCGACCGAAGUUCGCGGAUCGGCGUAACAGCGAUCGCGUGUACAUACGACUGGUCGCGAAACGAGCAUCGACGUCCGAUUAAUUAAACCGGCGAUCGUGCGAAGGGGUGCGCGGAACCGAUCUACGCCGCAGAGACACACGUGUACAUAGACGAGUGCAUGCACAAUACGCAUACCCUCGCGCGUAGACUCAUGUAUAUAAAAUAGGUCGCAGGACAAGAUGACAGUUCUCUUUUCUUUUUUUCUUUUUUUCGCUGGGGACAGUGAGAAAUACCGACGAGUUUUUAUUGAUAAUUAUUCGUACACCGGCGCAGCCACCGUUGGCCCGGCAGAGAGAGAGAGUGCAUAGUACUUGAAGCGUGCAGGUUUCGUCGACGAUCGUGGAUUCAAGUUUUGCUAGACGAUGUUUCCUCGAAGCGCUCAGAUCUCGACGGUCGCUGACGUUUUGUUCUCGAGAAAUAGAAUUACCCAGACACUGCGUGACGUUUGUCGAGGAUUUGUAAUUAAUCAGCCGGCCAGAAUUGGCUCGGCAGUUUCUUUUUCUCUUUUAACUUCGUUUUACCGGUGGAUGGUUGUUUAGAAUGUUUCACGGAAGCGACGAUGAAAUGAAUUCAGGUUGCUUCGCGCGAUUUUGGUUCCUCGAAUCAUAGAGAUAUAUAUUAUUGCUUUUAGAAUUUGAUGGAGAAAUUUUAUUAGCGAUCAUGUUUUCAUCUGUAGACACACAUUUAGUUGAUGUGACGUUAGGGUGUCGAAAAAUGUUUGUCGUGGUUAGGGUACGUGAACAUCCUCGGAUGUCGUUGACCGACUCUUUUUCAAGGUUCACAUUAAAAUCGUUAAUGAAACGAUUGAAAAGAAAAUUUGACCUUGAAAAAAGUCUGCAAAGGACACUUGCGGGAACUGUUUUUGACGGAUCUUCGUGGAUCCGAGGAUGGAGAUUUCACCUAUGCUAGUCGCGACGAAACAUUUUCGUACACGCUGUAAAAUUCUUUGAAUAAAAUGUUUGUCGUAGAUUGGUGAAUCUUGCUUUUUUCGAUUUUAGCUGUUAACGACGAUUGCCGAACGAAACUUUUACCGAAUAAAAAUUGUUGUAUUUUGAGCAUUA